AUGGCCACUACCUCGAAAAAGGUAGCAGCAAGUCUCGACGGCCAAUACAGUGAUAGUGGGCAGUACUACAGGUUCAAUGUUGACCGUGGCCUGGAAGACGUCACGCUGUCUGACUGGGAGAAGUCGAGCAAGAUCUCUGCACAUACGGGAAACUAUUUGAGGGAGAAUCAGAAUCAGAGGGCGAUUAGACGGUGUGAGAAAGUCGCUCUCGUCGGACUCGGUGGCAUUGGUAAAACUCAAGUUGCUCUGCAAUUUGCAUACUGGAUGAAGAAGAACAAGCCGGAGUACUCCAUCUUCUGGGUGUCAGCACUAAGUAAUGAUACCUUCGAACAGUCAUACGCAGAGAUAGCAAGGGAGCUUGAUAUCCGGACUAAUGCCGAUGAAAAAGACCUUAAGGAGUUGGUGUGCAGACACCUCAGUUCGGAAGCGGCUGGAAGAUGGCUCUUCGUCUUGGACAACGCGGAUGAUAUCGAUGUCCUAUUCGGGUCCUCCCACAAGCUAGGCGGCAUACACGCGCACAUACCCGAAAACGAGAAUGGCCUCAUCCUCUUAACCACAAGAUCGAAAGAAGCGGCCUUGUCGGACGAGGCCGCAACCGAGGAACUCCUCCGGGCACUCAACUAUAUUCCUUUAGCCAUUACACAAGGCGCUGCAUAUCUGAACCAGAAUCAAUUGUCUAUCCAAAGGUAUCUUGAACUCCUGCAAGGCACCGAGCAGAACAUGGUCAGUCUUAUGACUAGAGAAUUUCAUGACAAUACUCGGUACCGCGGCUCGCAAAAUGCCGUAGCAUCGACCUGGCUUGUGUCUUUCGACCAGAUUCGCAAAUCUGACCGCCUCCUGCCUACGUUGCAGCUAGAGGUGGAAAUAGAAAACGCGAUUGGCACGCUUUGUGGGUACGCCUUUCUGGUUAAACGUGGGGAGGGCGACAUGUUUGAUAUGCACAGUCUCGUACAUGUGGCGACACGAAUAUGGAUUCAAAGCCGUGGCUUAAGCUGUCAAACGACAGUCAACGCUAUUUACCACUUGGCUACGAUCUUUCCGUCUUCGAAUUUUGCUAACCGCGAGUUAUGGAGAAAGUAUUUACCGCAUACACUCCGGCUACUCCAAAAAAGUGAAGAUUAUCGAGUACAAGAGAAAUACGAUUUAUACUGGAAGGUUGGUCGAUGUUUGUAUAUGGAUAGACGGUUUAAGGAAGUUGUGAGAUGUUUUGAGGAGGUUUCAAAGUGGGAAAGUAAUCAUCUCGCCGAAGAGGACGACUCUCGUCUCACGUCCGAGCACGAGCUCGCAAGGGCCUACCUCGCCGACAGGCGGAUCAAAGAGGCCAUCGAGAUCCUCGAGCACGUCGUCGCGGUCCGGAGGAAGACGCUCGCCGAAGAGGACGACUCUCGUCUCACGUCCGAGCACGAGCUCGCAAGGGCCUACCUCGCCGACAGGCGGAUCAAAGAGGCCAUCGAGAUCCUCGAGCACGUCGUCGCGGUCCGGAGGAAGACGCUCGCCGAAGAGGACGACUCUCGUCUCGCGUUCGAGCACGCGCUCGCAGAAGCCUACAGGUCCCAAUGCGAGUAAUUGGCAUAGUGUCUACCGAGUUAGAAUUCGUGUUGCUUGUUCUUCUGUGCUAUUUCUACUAUCUUUGCAAAAGAGAGGUCUGGGGAAGUACAUUUAUUUAUAGGUAAAUAAUUUGCCACUGUUAUUCUAGAAUCUUCCCGAACUAUGUAACUAAGCAC